AUGUGUGAAAAUGAUCCAUCGCCUCCUGCUUUGGAUAAUGUGUGGGAAAUUUCACAGCAUCUCUCAGAGAGCGACGGUUUACCAUUUCUUCUGCAGAUUGAAGAUCUUCAAAUGUCUAUUGAUUACCCCGCCUCACAUCACAAUUGUUGUUGGACACGUGCGAUGUUAGACCCUAUUUGGGAAACUUUUCAAAAAAAUUGUAUAAAUCUAAUGGAAGAAGAAAAAGAAGAGAUAAAAACGAAUACAUCAUUACCUGAUUCUUCUUCUUCUUCUUGUACAUCACUUUUGUCUAAGUGUACGAUUCUUACUGAACUUUCAGAGUCUAUUCAAGUCUUAUUUAAACGACAGCGGCAAGAACGACCACCAUCUAGUAGUGUGAAUCGAAUACGUUAUAUUUAUCGUCCACCUUCUGUUAUUCGUAUUGGAAAAGGUAUUACUGGGAAACUUACAAUAAAAUUUUCUCUUCAUCUAUGUGAUAAUUCUGGAAAGGAAUCUACUAAAUUGUUUCCCUCAUUUAUUGCUGUUGAACCUGUUGAAUCUAUAGCCUCAUUUGUGACUAUUUCUGUACUGGAAAAAAGGCGCCGUUCAUCCACUUGUGCAUUAGCACUUUUACCUUUACAAAAUAUUAAUAAUGAGAAUAAGGUAGCAACGUACAGUUCAUUUGAUGCGGAAUUACAUUUUAAUACCAUGCCAACUACUUUAUUAUCAUCCUCAUCAUCUUCUUCUUCUUCAGCAGCAGCAGCAGCAGCAUCCUUAUACAAGGAACCUUGGGCUUUUCGUAUAUAUGCGGCCUUUUACAAUUCUUCACAGGAACAGAUUUUAUUAGAUGAGCCUUUCAUUCAUUUAUGUGAAUGGAGGCCUAACGUUACCCAAGAAGAACGUUUUGCUGUUAUGAAUCCACAGAUGGAUCCUGAUGUGGCCUUCUCUACAGAGAAGAGACAUCGUGCCACUAUGCAGCGACAUUUGAAGUCCGCUAUUGAGCGUAUGGAUGGUGUAAUGACAGAAGUAAGUACUUCAUCAACUCCACCAAUACGAUCUACAUUACGUCAUGUUGCUACUUUACAAACAUUACAGUCUAUUUCUAUGGAAGUAUGUAUGCAAUCAGGGAAUAGUACACUGGCAUCUGUAAUGCCUAGAGGUAUUAAAUGGCCUUUACAACUGAUUAUUGGAGAUUCAUCUCUUAAGAGUUGGCGACCUUCUCCUAUUCCUGGAUCAUCAUCAUUAGAUAGGCUUGCAUGUGAGAUGAAGAAAUUGGAAGAACAUCUUAGUGAAUAUGGUAAUGAUGGGGAUCAUGAUAGAAUUAAGAAGAAGAAGAAAUGUGAGGAUACAUCAAUAUGA